UUCUUUGUAAAAUAAUAGUAUACGGGCGAACCCAUGUGAGGAAUUCCCUUACUGUUAUGUUCCUCCCGCCAAGUCCCAAAAACCAGAAACCCCAUUUGGCGCCCAAAAGACAUGAGCUUGAGUUUCAGAUUUAUUCUCCAUUGCCUUAUUUCCCUCUAAACCAAACCUUACUCUUCUUCUUUCUUCUUCCUUCUUCUCUUCGCACCAAACCUAACCGCUUGGGAAGACGCCAUGAAGGUCCGGUCGGUGAAGUUAAGGGAGGCCCACGGUGCCAUUGGCGGCCGCGCGUCUUUCUGCUCCAUUCUGUGGGACCAGCAAGCCAAUCAUUUGGUUACCGCUUCCUCUUCCGACAUUUCCAUUUGUAUCCACGACCCCCUUUCCCCCUCCAUCUCCCCAAAAAUUCUCCGCCACCACCGCGACGGCGUCACCGCCUUGGCUCUUAGCCCCAAUUCCACUUGCCUCGCUUCCGGAUCCAUCGAUCGCUCCGUCAAACUCUACAAGUUCCCCGGUGGAGAGUUUGAGAGAAACAUUACAAGGUUUACACUCCCAAUACGUUCCUUGGCAUUUAACAAAUCAGGGAGCAUGGUUGCUGCUGCUGGUGAUGACGAGGGUAUCAAGCUUAUUAAUACAUUUGAUGGUACCAUUACUAGGGUUCUUAAAGGACACAAAGGGUCUGUCACUGGCUUGGCUUUUGACCCUAAUGGUGAAUAUUUAGCCUCUAUGGAUUCAAUUGGAACUGUUAUUUUGUGGGAGCUUCAGUCUGGGAAAAUCAUUCAUAACCUCAAAGGCAUAGCUCCUGACACUGGACUAGAUGUUUCAGCUGUGAAUGUUCUUUGCUGGAGUCCUGAUGGUGAGACCUUAGCUGUUCCUGGUUUGAAAAAUGAUGUUGUAAUGUAUGACAGGGACACUGCUGAGAAGUUGUUUUCUUUGAGAGGGGAUCACAUACAGCCAAUAUGUUUCUUGUGUUGGUCACCCAAUGGCAAGUACAUUGCUACCUCUGGUUUAGACAGGCAGGUUCUGAUCUGGGAUGUUAAUAGGAAGCAGGACAUUGACAGACAGAGGUUUGAUGAAAGAGUGUGUUGCAUGGCGUGGAAGUCAAUUGGGAAUUCUUUGGCUGUUGUGGAUGUUAUGGGGAAGUAUGGUAUUUGGGAAAAUGUUAUUCCUUCGUCUAUGAAGUCUCCAACUGAGGAUAUACCCGUGAAAUACAAGAGCAAUGGGGUUCUUUUGUUUGAUGAGGAGGAUCAUGAAAAUAGUACAAGUGGAAGCUUGAGUGAUAUUGGUGAAAAUAGUAAUGAGGAAUCUGAGCCAACAAGCAGGAAAAGAUUGCGUAAACACUCCUUGAGUGAGGAAAAUUUAGGUGAGGAUGGAUAUGAGGAAAUUGCAUUGUAUCCGAAGGUCGAUUCUCACAAUAAACGAAAUAGAUCAAGCAAGGAAAAAUUGGAUAGUGGGAAUAUGGGAUUGAGAGGCACCAUGAUAACAUCUAAGGCAAAAAGGCAGGAGGCAUUUCAGCCAGGAUCUACACCUUUUCAGCCUGGGAAAAGGCGUUUCUUAUGCUACAACAUGCUUGGAUGUAUAACAUCCAUUGAACACGAUGGAUACUCCCAUAUUGAGAUUGAUUUUCAUGAUACUGGAAGCACUCGACGAGUUCCUUCAAUGACUGAUCAUUUUGGAUUCACAAUGGCAGCUUUGAGUGAGAGUGGGAGCGUCUUCGCAAAUCCUUGUAAGGGGGAGAAGAACAUGAGUACCCUCAUGUAUCGCCCAUUUAGUAGCUGGGCUAACAAUAGCGAGUGGUCUAUGCGCUUUGAAGGAGAAGAAGUGAAGGUUGUUGCACUUGGUGCUGCUUGGAUUGCUGCCGUAACUAGUUUGAACUAUCUUCGCAUCUUUUCUGAGAGUGGUUUGCAGAAACAUGUAUUUUCACUAGAUGGGCCAGUGUUAACUGCAUCCGGUUUCAAGGAGAAGCUUGCAGUUGUCACUCAUGUCUUUGAUUGCCUUUCCUCAAAUGAUCAGAUGCUAGAGUUUAUAGUAUUUAAUAUUCCUCAAGGGACCCAACUCCUUCAAGGUCGCUUACCAAUAUCUCCUGGUUCAUCUCUAAGUUGGUUUGGGUUUAGCGAGGAAGGCCAACUGUGUUCAUACGAUUCGAAGGGGGUGCUAAGAUCGUAUACAAGCCAAUUUGGUGGCAGAUGGGUCCCACUCUUCAGUGCUUUAAAAGAGAAGUCAAACGAAAACUACUGGGUGACGGGGUUGAAUGCAAGCAAGUUAUUUUGUGUGGUUUGCAAAAAGCCUGAAGAGUUCCCUCCGGUCAUGCCUAAGCCAGUUCUCACUCCGUUAAGUCUUUCAUUUCCUCUUGCUUCCUCUGACUUGGGAUCUGAAGUACAUGAAAACGAGUUUAUGAUGAACAACUUGCAUCUCUUUUUGAUUCAGAGAAGAAUGGAAGAAAUGGCAUCUGUAGGUCUGGACACUACUUCACUUGAUGACGAUGCUUUCAAUUUGGAAGCAGCGCAGGAUAAAUGUAUACUGAGACUUAUAGCAUCAUGCUGCAACAGCAAUAAGCUUGUGCGAGCUACUGAACUUAUGAAACUUUUGACUCUGGAAAAAUCAAUGAGAGGUGCAAUAAAACUUGUUACUGCUCUGAAACUUCCAAACUUGGCCGAAAGGUUCAGCAGCAUAUUGGAGGAAAGGCUACUCGAGGAAGCAAAAAAUGCUACGGAAACCAACAUCAAAGAAAACUGUCCUGCACCCAUUAAAGCUGAUGCUCUUCAUAACGCAAGCAAGGCCCCAACUCGAACUGAAUCAUUAAACGCAGUUACAAUGUCAUCACCAAAAUUAUCUUCUCCAUCAUUCAUAAAGAAAGACAAAAUUCAAGAGGGAGGUAAAGCUGGCAUAAUUAGAACUCCAAUGGUAAAUGAAACUAUGAAGGGAAAGCAGACAGGUGAAGAAACAAGUGACAAGGUGGGAGACAUGCGUCAGGUAGAACAAACUCAUCCAUCAAAGAAGAAUGGACUUGACAAAUUAGAGACUGGUUUGGGACAACCAAAUCGUCCGUCCAAUCCAUUUUUGAAGUCUACUAUCAAGUAGAAAAAAAUUCACCUACUCUAAUCAUGUCAAAAACACGGAUGAGCUUUCAGGGAGUUGAAAUUAAUCAUCGGAAUAGGGUGACUUACAGAGAAGAGGCUCGCUUCUAAUUCAUGUUGGCAUGAAGAAAAUGGAACACACUUUGUACAUUAUAAAAUCUUAUUGUAACUAAUUUUUUUAAUUCAAUAUAAAUUGUUAGGACUCCGAUUAGCAUGCUUGUUCUCUUUUCUUAAGCCUCCUUUUCCUUCUUUAUUCACGGGCUGGCUCAGGGUCUUUGUCCGGAAUUUUGUUGAGCUUAAGUUC